GAGCUGGCUGAACCGGGUGUUGGACCACAUGCGGGCCACUGUGAGACACGAAAUGACAGAGGCUGUGAUGGCUUAUGAGGAAAAGGCAGGGAACAGUGGCUUUUUGACUACCCAGCACAGGUGGCACUCACCUGUACUCAGAUUUGGUGGACCACAGAGGUUGGGAUUGCCUUUGCCAGGCUGGAAGAAGGCUACGAGAAUGCCAUGAAGGAGUACUACAAGAAGCAAGUGACCCAGCUGAACACCCUCAUCACCAUGCUCAUAGGGCAUCUCUCAAAGGGCGACAGGCAGAAGAUCAUGACCAUCUGCACCAUUGACGUGCAUGCUCGAGAUGUGGUGGCCAAGAUGAUCGCUCAGAAGGUGGACAAUGCACAGGUGUUUCUUUGGCUGUCUCAACUCCGACACAGGUGGGCAGAUGAGGAGAAGCACUGUUAUGCAAACAUUUGUGAUGCACAGUUUCUAUAUUCCUAUGAGUACCUUGGGAACACACCCCGCCUGGUCAUCACUCCUCUGACAGACAGAUGCUACAUCACCCUCACCCAGUCCUUGCACCUAACUAUGAGUGGGGCUCCUGCAGGGCCAGCUGGCACUGGGAAGACAGAGACUACCAAGGAUCUUGGGCGAGCUCUUGGCAUCAUGGUGUAUGUUUUCAACUGUUCAGAGCAAAUGGACUACAAGUCCUGUGGGAACAUUUACAAAGGCCUUUCCCAGACUGGUGCUUGGGGCUGUUUUGAUGAGUUUAACAGAAUUUCUGUUGAAGUCUUGUCAGUGGUGGCUGUACAGGUGAAAAGCAUACAGGAUGCCAUAAGGGACAAAAAGCAGAAUUUUAAUUUCCUUGGCGAAGACAUUAAACUAGUUCCUUCUGUUGGCAUUUUCAUCACCAUGAAUCCUGGCUAUGCCGGUCGUACGGAGCUGCCUGAGAAUUUGAAAGCUCUUUUCAGGCCCUGUGCAAUGGUUGUGCCAGACUUCGAGCUGAUCUGUGAAAUUAUGCUGGUGGCAGAAGGAUUCAUAGAGGCUCGGCUGUUAGCUAGGAAGUUCAUCACCCUUUACCAGUUAUGCAAAGAACUGCUGUCAAAGCAGGAUCACUAUGACUGGGGCUUACGUGCAAUUAAGUCAGUCCUGGUUGUUGCUGGAUCUCUCAAGAGAGGAGACCCAGACCGCCCCGAAGACCAGGUGCUGAUGCGCUCUCUUCGGGACUUCAACAUCCCUAAGAUUGUGACGGAUGACAUGCCAGUGUUCAUGGGUCUGAUUGGGGACCUCUUUCCUGCUUUGGAUGUUCCAAGAAAGCGAGAUCUCAGUUUCGAAUCUUUCGUGAAGCAAGCUGUGCUGGAACUCAAGCUGCAACCAGAGGACAACUUUGUGCUCAAAGUGGUGCAGCUGGAAGAGCUCUUGGCAGUUCGGCACUCUGUCUUUGUGGUGGGAAAUGCAGGUACAGGCAAGUCACAGGUGCUGAAAUCUCUCAACAAGACCUAUCACAUCAUGAAGCGGCGGCCUGUUUGGACGGACCUCAAUCCAAAGGCGGUUACCAAUGACGAACUCUUUGGCAUCAUUAAUCCUGCUACAAGAGAGUGGAAGGAUGGAUUGUUCUCAUCAAUUAUGCGAGACCUAGCUAAUAUUACACAUGACGGCCCCAAAUGGAUUGUGUUGGAUGGUGAUAUUGAUCCGAUGUGGAUUGAGUCUCUUAAUACUGUCAUGGAUGAUAAUAAGGUGCUGACACUAGCAAGCAAUGAAAGGAUUCCUCUCAAUCCCACCAUGAGGCUGCUGUUCGAAAUCAGUCACCUGCGGACUGCCACUCCUGCCACUGUCUCUAGAGCAGGGAUCCUUUACAUCAAUCCAGCUGAUCUGGGCUGGAAUCCUCCCGUGAGUAGCUGGAUUGACAGACGAGAAGUCCAGUCAGAGCGAGCUAACCUGACCAUUUUGUUUGACAAGUAUCUGCCAAUUUGUUUGGACACUCUUAGAACCAGAUUUAAGAAGAUUAUUCCAGUUCCUGAGCAGAGCAUGGUUCAGAUGUUGUGUUACCUCCUUGAAUGCCUCCUCACCAAGGAAAACACUCCUCCGGAUUGCCCCAAAGAGCUCUACGAACUGUAUUUUGUAUUUGCUGCUGUCUGGGCCUUUGGUGGGUCUAUGUUCCAAGACCAGCUUGUAGACUACAGGGUCGAAUUUAGUAAAUGGUGGGUGACGGAGUUCAAGACCAUCAAGUUUCCUUCCCAUGGAACAGUCUUUGACUUUUACAUUGACCCAGAAACAAAGAAAUUUGAGCAUUGGUCCAAGCUCAUCCCCAAAUUUGACUUUGAUCCAGAAAUGCCAUUACAGGCCUGCCUGGUACACACCACUGAGACCAUCCGGGUGCGUUACUUCAUGGAUCAGCUUUUGGAGAAACGCAGACCAGUCAUGCUGGUGGGAAAUGCAGGCACAGGGAAGUCUGUGAUUGUAGGAGAUAAACUGUCUCUGCUGGAUUCCGAGGAGUACCUGGUGAAGAACGUUCCUUUUAAUUACUACACCACGUCUGCCAUGCUGCAAGCUGUUCUUGAGAAGCCGCUGGAUAAAAAGGCAGGAAGGAAUUACGGCCCUCCUGGGACCAAGAAGCUUAUCUACUUCAUCGAUGACAUGAAUAUGCCUGAAGUAGACACUUAUGGAACAGUCCAGCCUCAUACACUGAUUCGGCAACAUCUGGACUAUGGGCACUGGUAUGACAGAAACAAGCUGUCCCUGAAGGAGAUCAUGAAUGUGCAGUACGUGUCGUGCAUGAAUCCCACAGCAGGCAGCUUCACUAUCAACCCACGCUUGCAGCGCCACUUCAGUGUGUUCGCCCUCUCAUUCCCUGGGUCAGAUGCUCUGUCCACGAUUUACAGCACCAUCCUAACUCAGCACCUGAAGCGGGGGAACUUCUCUGCAGCUUUACAGAAAUCAUCACAGCAGUUAAUAAGUCUGGCUCUUGCCCUGCACGUGAAAGUGGCGACAACAUUCCUGCCAACAGCUAUCAAAUUUCAUUACAACUUCAACCUGAGAGAUUUGUCCAAUGUCUUCCAAGGUAUUCUGUUUUCAACUCCUGAAUGUUUGAAGGCUCCCCAUGACUUAGUAAAGCUGUACUUGCAUGAAUCCAGUCGUGUUUACCGGGAUAAGAUGGUUGAUGAAAAGGACUUUGUCCUCUUUGAUAAACUGCAGACAGAGACGGUGAAGAAGUUCUACGAUGAAAUAGAGGACACCUUGGAACAGGCUAGGAAGAUGAACAUGUUUUGCCAUUUUGUAAAAGGCAUUGGAGAGCCCAAGUACAUGCCUGUUCAGAGCUGGGAAUCACUUAAUCAAAUUCUGGUGGAAGCCUUAGAGAAUCACAACGAGGUCAACUCUACUAUGAACCUGGUGCUGUUUGAAGAUGCCAUGUGCCAUGUCUGCCGUAUCAAUCGUAUCCUGGAAUCUCCCAGAGGCAAUGCACUACUGGUUGGUGUGGGAGGAAGUGGCAAGCAGAGCCUGACGAGAUUGGCAGCUUUCAUUAGCUCACUGGAGGUUUUUCAAAUCACCUUGAGGAAAGGCUAUGGGAUUCCUGACCUGAAGGCAGACCUGGCAGCACAGUACAUUACAGCAGGACUAAAGAAUGUUGGUACCGUCUUCCUCAUGACGGACGCUCAAGUGGCCGAUGAGAGGUUUUUAGUUUUGGUAAAUGACUUGCUUGCUUCAGGAGAAAUUCCUGAUCUUUUUCCUGAUGAUGAAGUUGAAAAUAUCAUUGGUAAUAUGAGGAAUGAAGUAAAAGCCCAAGGAUUGAUGGACACCAGGGAGGCCUGUUGGAAAUUCUUUAUUGAUAGAGUUAGACGGCAGCUCAAGGUUGCUCUUUGCUUUUCCCCAGUGGGAAACAAGCUGAGAGUUCGUAGUCGGAAGUUCCCAGCCAUUGUUAACUGUACAGCAAUAGAUUGGUUCCAUGAGUGGCCCCGAGAAGCUCUGGAGUCAGUCAGCCUGCGUUUCUUGCAAGGGACAGAAACUAUUGAGGCUUCAGUGAAGGAAUCCAUAAGCAAGUUCAUGGCUUAUGUGCACACCAGUGUUAAUGAAAUGUCCCGUUCUUACCUGAGUAAUGAACGCCGUUAUAACUACACCACCCCCAAGUCAUUCUUGGAACAGAUUAAGCUCUAUCAGAAUUUGCUGCUUAAAAAGGAGAAGGAACUGACAGCAAAAAUGGAGCGGCUAGAGAAUGGCCUGCAGAAGCUUAGCAGCACAUCUGCACAGGUAGAUGAUUUAAAGGCAAAGUUGGCAGCUCAGGAGGUGGAGCUGAAGCAGAAGAAUGAAGAUGCAGACAAACUGAUCCAGGUGGUGGGCAUUGAGACAGAGAAAGUCAGCAAGGAGAAGGCUAUUGCUGACGAUGAGGAGCAGAAGGUAGCCCUGAUCACGCAGGAGGUCCAGCAGAAGCAGAGGGACUGUGAGGAGGACUUGGCAAAAGCUGAACCAGCCCUUGCAGCUGCCCAGGAAGCCCUCAACACACUCAACAGGACCAAUCUGACAGAACUGAAGUCGUUUGGAUCGCCACCUUCCGCUGUCAGCAAUGUCACUGCUGCCGUGAUGGUACUCAUGGCUCCUGGCGGGAAGGUGCCCAAGGACAGGACCUGGAAAGCAGCCAAAGUGGCCAUGACAAAAGUGGACGGCUUCCUGGAUUCCUUGAUCCACUUCAACAAAGAGAAUAUACAUGAGAACUGCCUCCGAGCCCUUCAGCCCUAUCUGCAGGACCCGGAGUUCAAGCCUGAGCUGGUGACGUCUAAGUCCUAUGCAGCUGCUGGCCUCUGCUCCUGGGUCAUCAACAUAGUGCACUUCCAUGAGGUGUAUUGCGAUGUGGAGCCCAAGCGGCAGGCUCUCAACAAAGCUAAUGCCGAGCUUGCUGCUGCCCAGGAAAAGCUGGCUAGCAUCAAGGCCAAAAUUGCACACCUUAACGAGAACCUGGCUAGGCUUACAGCCAAAUUUGAGAAGGCCACAGCAGAGAAGCUAAAAUGUCAACAGGAAGCCGAAGCCACAGCGAAGACCAUCUCCCUUGCAAAUCGCCUGGUUGGGGGCCUAGCCUCUGAAAAUGUGAGGUGGGCUGAAUCAGUGAAAGACUUCAAGCAGCAAGAGAGUGCACUGUGUGGAGAUGUCUUAUUGAUAACUGCAUUCGUCUCUUACUUGGGUUACUUCAGCAAGAAAUACAGGCAGGACCUAAUGGACAGUGUGUGGAAACCAUACUUGCGCCAGCUAAAAGUUGCAAUCCCUGUGACUCCCUCUUUGGAUCCUCUGAUGAUGCUGACUGAUGAUGCUGACAUAGCAGCCUGGCAGAAUGAAGGGCUACCGGCUGACCGCAUGUCCACUGAAAAUGCCACAAUCCUCAGCAACUGCGAGCGCUGGCCGCUCAUGGUUGAUCCCCAGCUCCAGGGCAUCAAGUGGAUCAAAACCAAGUAUGGUGAAGCUCUCCGAGUGACCCGGAUUGGGCAGAAAGGGUAUCUGGAUAUGAUAGAGCAGGCUCUUGCUGCUGGUGAAGUUGUUCUGAUUGAGAACUUGGAAGAAUCUGUUGACCCAGUUCUAGGUCCAUUGCUUGGCCGUGAGACAAUUAAAAAAGGAAGGUGCAUUAAAAUUGGAGAUAAAGAGUGUGAGUUCAACCCCAAUUUCCGACUGAUUCUCCACACCAAGCUUGCAAACCCCCAUUACCAGCCGGAAAUGCAGGCACAGUGCACCCUCAUCAACUUCACCGUGACUCGGGAUGGCCUGGAAGACCAGUUGCUGGCAGCAGUUGUCAGUAUGGAGAGGCCUGACCUGGAAGAACUAAAGUCUGAUCUCACAAAGCAGCAGAAUGGGUUCAAAAUAACUUUGAAAACUUUGGAAGACAACUUGCUGUCCCGCCUCUCUUCUGCCUCAGGGAACUUCCUAGGGGAUACAGCUCUAGUGGAAAAUCUAGAAGUCACCAAACAGACAGCUGCAGAAAUAGAAGAAAAGGUCCAGGAGUCGAAGGUGACAGAAACAAAGAUUAAUGAGGCAAGGGAGCAUUACCGUCCUGCGGCAGCUCGUGCCUCCUUGCUGUACUUUAUCAUGAAUGACCUCAAUACCAUCCAUCCCAUGUACCAGUUUUCCCUGAAGGCAUUCAGUGUUGUCUUUCAGAAAGCUGUUGCAAGGGCUUCACCAGAUGAAAACCUAAAAGAGCGAGUAGCCAACCUUAUUGAUAGCAUCACCAGCUCUGUGUUCCAGUACACAACUCGGGGGUUGUUUGAAUGUGACAAACUGAUUUACACGGCCCAAGUCACCUUCCAGAUACUUCUGAUGAAUAAAGAAAUUAACGCCACAGAACUUGACUUCCUGCUAAGAUAUCCAGCCCAGCCAGGAGUCACCAGUCCAGUAGACUUUUUGUCAAGUCAGUCGUGGGGUGGCAUCAAGGCACUGUCAUCCAUGGAACAAUUCCGCAACUUGGACCGGGAUAUUGAGGGUUCUGCCAAACGCUGGAAAAAGUUUGUGGAGUCUGAAUGCCCUGAAAAGGAAAAGUUUCCUCAGGAAUGGAAGAAUAAGUCUGCUUUGCAGCAGCUGUGUAUGAUGAGAGCCAUACGUCCUGACCGCAUGACAUAUGCUGUCAGAGAUUUUGUGGAAGAAAAGCUUGGGAAUAAAUACGUGGCAGGAAGAUCUCUGGAUUUUGCAACAUCAUUUGAGGAGUCUGGACCUGCAACCCCGAUGUUCUUUAUCCUCUCACCUGGAGUUGACCCCCUGAAGGAUGUAGAGAAGCAUGGAAAGAAACUUGGCUACACCUUUAACAACAGGAAUUUCCACAAUGUGUCACUUGGACAAGGCCAGGAGGUAGUGGCUGAGAAAGCCUUGGACCUUGCAGCAGCAGAGGGACAUUGGGUUAUCUUGCAGAACAUCCACCUGGUGGCCAAGUGGCUGAGUUCCUUGGAGAAGAAGCUAGAGCAGCACAGUGAAGGCAGUCACCCUGCAUUUCAUGUCUUCAUUAGUGCAGAGCCUGCGGCUUCACCUGAAGGACACAUCAUACCACAGGGCAUCCUCGAGAACUCCAUCAAAAUCACCAACGAGCCCCCAACAGGAAUGCAUGCCAACCUCCACAAGGCUCUGGACAACUUCAACCAGGACACCCUGGAAAUGUGUACCCGUGAGAAUGAAUUUAAGAGCAUCCUUUUUUCCCUCUGCUACUUUCAUGCUGUGGUAGCUGAAAGACGCAAGUUUGGGCCACAGGGCUGGAAUCGUUCAUACCCCUUUAACACUGGGGACUUGACCAUUUCGGUCAAUGUUCUGUACAAUUACUUGGAGGCUAGUUCAAAGGUUCCCUAUGACGAUUUGAGAUACCUCUUUGGAGAGAUCAUGUAUGGAGGACACAUCACAGAUGACUGGGACAGACGUCUCUGCAAGACCUACUUGGAAGAGUUCAUCAAGCCUGAAAUGUUGGAGGGAGAAUUCUUGCUGGCCCCAGGAUUUCCCCUCCCAGGGAACAUGGAUUACAACAGCUAUCACCAGUAUAUAGACAAUACGUUGCCUGCUGAGUCUCCGUACCUUUAUGGCCUCCACCCCAAUGCAGAAAUUGGAUUCUUGACCCAAACCUCAGAAAAGCUCUUCCGCACUGUUUUGGAGCUGCAGCCCCGGGACACCAGCCUUGGAGAAGGUUCAGGGGCCACCCGGGAAGAGAAGGUGAAGGCGCUGCUGGAUGAUAUCCUGGAGAAGCUAACUGAUGAGUUUAACAUUCCUGAGCUGAUGGCCAAGGUGGAAGAGAGGACGCCAUACAUUGUUGUUGCAUUCCAGGAAUGUGAGCGUAUGAACCUCCUUACUAGUGAAAUCAGGAGGUCGCUGCGAGAACUUGACCUGGGGCUCAAGGGUGAGUUAACCAUGACCAGUGAUAUGGAGAACUUACAGAAUGCCAUCUUCUUAGACACAGUACCUGAAUCAUGGACCAAGAGGGCUUAUCCUUCCAUGGCUGGUCUAGGCGGUUGGUUUGCUGACCUUCUCAACCGCAUCAAGGAGCUGGAGAUCUGGACUGGGGACUUCCUGCUACCAUCUGUGGUGUGGCUGGCAGGAUUCUUCAACCCACAGUCUUUCCUGACGGCCAUAAUGCAGUCCAUGGCCAGAAAGAACGAGUGGCCUCUAGACAAAAUGACCCUGCAGUGUGAUGUGACCAAGAGGAACCGUGAGGAGUUCAGCAGCCCCCCACGGGAAGGCGCAUAUGUUCAUGGCUUAUUUAUGGAAGGUGCGCGCUGGGAUAUGCAGACAGGGUUGAUUGCUGAUGCCCGACUAAAGGACCUGACUCCAUCAAUGCCGAUUAUUUUCAUUAAAGCCAUCCCUGUUGACAAGCAAGAUGUCCGCAACAUGUACCCAUGUCCUGUGUACAAAACCCGCCAACGGGGUCCAACCUAUGUCUGGACUUUUAACCUGAAGACUAAAGAGAAACCAUCCAAGUGGGUUUUAGCAGGGGUGGCACUGCUCCUGCAGAUUUAGACUCUUAAUUCACAUGCUCUUCUCCUAGCAGACACUCAUCAGAAAAGUCGCCGUUUCUUAGUUGGAUUUUUUUUUAAUAGCAUGAAGG